UGAGGGGAAUAUUUAUUGACCAGCACUGCAGGAAAAGUAUUUUCUUGUUUCCUGUUGGUGACAUUUGUAUUUCACUGUUGGCAGGGCAAUAUGAUUACAAAAAGGAAGCAAGCCUUCAGUGCUGUCAUUUCCCCUCCCCUUUGCGUUACUUGGUCGCGUCCGUGCUCUCGCUGCGGGUCGUACUAUUCCUUUUCUAGGGGGUGAUGAAAAGCCUGGCUCUUGCGUCGUGUGUCUAGGCGCGGUAUCGGAGCGCUACGGCUGAGGGACAGUGAGCAGCGGGUUUUGGGUGACAGGACGGGGAUGUAGCGGAGCCGAGCAUACUGCUGGCUGAUAGGAUUCGUGCCGGUGCAGUGAGUGACACCCCCCCUCUCCGGUGUGUGUGCUCCAGGCCUGGGUGUGGCGGAUCUCGGGGCCGUGUGAUACAGGCUGCAGGAGGCCGCUCCUUCUAACGGGAUCCCGGGCACAAGAGGCGGCGGGAGCCAGGAUCACCGAGGGGAGGCCGCGGGCCAGCAGCGGGUCAUAUCUGUUGUUGCUGUUUGUGGCCAAGGUGUGUAAUCGUUCCAGGCUGUCAAGAUGAGUGAACUGGAACAGUUACGACAAGAAGCAGAGCAGCUGCGGAAUCAGAUCCGAGAUGCUCGAAAAGCAUGCAGCGACACAACUCUCCUUCAGAUCACAACCAGUUUGGACUCUGUAGGUCGAAUCCAAAUGCGAACUCGUCGUACGUUGCGAGGUCACCUAGCUAAAAUUUAUGCCAUGCACUGGGGUUCAGACUCAAGGCUAUUAGUGAGUGCGUCUCAAGAUGGGAAAUUAAUUAUUUGGGACAGUUAUACAACAAAUAAGAUGCAUGCCAUUCCUCUUCGGUCCUCCUGGGUGAUGACUUGUGCUUAUGCACCAUCUGGAAACUAUGUAGCUUGUGGAGGAUUAGACAAUAUCUGCUCCAUUUACAAUUUGAAAACCAGAGAAGGAAACGUGCGAGUGAGUCGAGAGCUACCAGGACACACAGGAUACCUAUCAUGUUGCCGCUUUCUAGAUGACAACCAAAUCGUCACGAGCUCUGGAGAUACAACUUGUGCUUUGUGGGACAUAGAGACUGGACAGCAAACAACAACCUUUACCGGACACACUGGAGAUGUAAUGAGUCUGUCUCUGAGCCCUGACAUGAGGACUUUCGUCUCUGGUGCCUGCGAUGCUUCCUCUAAGCUGUGGGACAUUCGAGAUGGCAUGUGCAGGCAGUCUUUUACUGGACAUGUUUCUGAUAUUAAUGCAGUCUGCUUUUUCCCCAAUGGGCAUGCAUUCGCUACAGGAUCUGAUGAUGCUACUUGCCGGCUGUUUGACUUGCGUGCAGACCAGGAGUUGAUGAUGUAUUCUCAUGACAAUAUCAUCUGUGGGAUCACAUCUGUAGCUUUCUCAAAAAGUGGCCGCCUGUUACUAGCAGGAUAUGAUGACUUCAACUGCAAUGUGUGGGACACUUUGAAAGGCGAAAGGGCAGGAGUCCUUGCUGGUCAUGAUAACCGCGUGAGCUGUUUAGGUGUAACCGAUGAUGGCAUGGCUGUAGCUACAGGGUCUUGGGACAGUUUUCUCAGAAUCUGGAAUUAACUUGGGCAAAGAUAAAUGAUCUUGUAAAUUCUCCACCGAGAUCUGGAGAAGUCAAUGCUGCAGCCUAUAGCUGUGAAAUAAUAACAUUUCUACCUUGUAUUUGCAGGUGAAGUUUUUCUAUUCACUGAUUAUUAUUACACAAAAAAGGCUUUCUUUAAACUAGUAAAAAUCAAGUGAAGUCAUAAGAGUUCAAAGGGGAGAGAGCAUUGGUGACUAUUUAAAGGGGCUAGCACACAGGAUCAUGGUGACCAAGAGUCUAGGAGCCAGUCUUUAUUUUGUGGUUUGGUUAAGUUGUUUUAACCCUUUUGCUGCUAGAAAAGUCGGUUAAUGCGCAUCAGACCUUUACAGCAGCCACAUGGUUAAAAGAUUUCUGCUUUGUGCUCAAAGUCUGCUGAGUCUGUACUGAUAUUUUUUUUUUCCUUUUUUUUUCUUAUAUUUUUUUCUUUUCUUUUUGUACAUAAUUGAAUGUACACACUAUAGCAGCCGAUCAUGUAAUGUUUGUAUGUAAAAAAAAGAAAAAUACACAAAAAUAGAAAAAAACGAACUAUGAAAUAAUGCCUUUUUUAUUUAAAAAAUAUGAAUUGUAGCUUUUUUUUGAACGCCACAAUAGUUUAGUGAUAAAUAUACUUGAUUGUCGUUUUUAUUAUUUUCUUUUUUUUUUUUUUUUUGUGAACUUGCUGUGGAUGAAAUGAAGUCAUUGCUUUGUAUUUGUAUCCAUUACGGUUGUAGUAUAUCUUCACGUUUAGGCAGGCCCGUGUUUAACCUCGCUCACCUCACUACCUUCUUUAGCCCCCCCCCCCCAAUGUAUGGCAUAAUGGAGCAGAGAAUCUCUAGUGGCAUGUACUGAUGCCAUUGUGCAGUACAAGAAACAUGCAGGAAAAUCCAAUCCACUAUUCCAGUUCCUGACUGGAAUGCACUAAUGUAAAUUGCUAAACUUUCCAUCUACCUGCACUGAAAGUAAAAGCAAAAAAAAACAAAACUUUUUUUUGUUUUUUUUUUAAAACCCAACGGCCUGAUAAUUGAGAACAAUUACACCAAAAACUCUAAUAAUAUAUAGAUAAACAUAAUUCCUGUCACUUGUAGAUGGAGAACAGUGAUCAUAUACACCAGUGUUUCCCAACCAGGGUGCCUCCAGCUGUUGCAAAAAUUCAACUCCCAGCAUGCUGGGAGUUGUAGUUUUGCAACAGCUGGAGGCACCCUGGUUGGGAAACACUGAUCUACACUAUACUGUAGCCUAUAGGCAAGUCGGACUAGUGAAACUCUGUGUUGGACUGUUGUAAGUUGUGAUGCAUUACACCCUUUAUAUAAUAGUCCAGCCAACACAAUUCUAGUCUAGUGUUAGAUGUCUACACCCCACAGUAGUUUCCCAACCAGGGUGCCUCCAGCUGUGGCAAAACUACAACUCCCAGCAUCCCCGGACAGCCAAAGGCUGUCCGGGCAUGCUGGGAGUUGUAGUAUUGCCACAGCUGGAGGCACCCUGGUUGGGAAACGGUGCCCCACAGUCUACAGAUCUGUCUCCCAAUGAAUUCUGGCAUUUUGAAUAUCAGCCUCUGUAAGUGAACAUGACCGGUAUGGGAGAUAAAAUCCAUGUUAUAACGGAAUGCAAUCUUUUUUUUUUUUUUUUUUUUCCCCAUUAACGUCCAGUGCCAAAUCACAUUGGCCCAGAUUUAUCAAACUGCGUGAGAGAAAAAGUGGAGGGAUUUCUCCACAGCAGCCAAUCACAGCUCAGCUAAUGAUAUGUGGUAAAGUGAAAGCUGAGCUGUGAUUGGUUGCUGUGGGAAAAUCCCUCCACUUUGGCCAAGAUUUAUCAAACUGUACGAGAAAAAGUGGAGGUAUUUUACCACAGCAGCCAAUCACAGCUCAGCUAACGAGCUCUGGUAAAGUGAAAGCUGAGCUGUGAUUGGUUGCUGUGGGAAAAUCCCUCCCUUUUUUUUUUCUCUCACACAGUUUGAUAAAUCUUGGCCAAAGUGGAGGGAUUUUCCCACAACAACCAAUGACAGCUCAGGUUUCACUUUACCACAUCUCGUUAGCUGAGCUGUGAUUGGUUGCUGUGGUAAAAUCCCUCCCUAUUUUUUCUCUCACACAGUUUGAUAAAUCUUGGCCAAAGUGGAGGGAUUUUCCUACAACAACCAAUCACAGCUCAGCUCCCACUUUACCACAUCUCGUUAGCUGAGCUGUGAUUGGUUGCUGUGAGAAAAUCCCUCCACUUUUUCUCUCAUGCAGUUUGAUAAAUCUGGGCCUUGUAGGGCACUUACUGCCUACAGAUGGUAACGGUAGUAGCCACUUUCAGUAGUAGAGAAUCCACAGUAAACAGUCAUUAAUGGUCACAAGGCCGGAGAUGGGUAGUUCACCUUUGUGAUGCGCUGUGCCUUCUGUCACGUUUCUCCUCAAAAGUGCCAAUCAAUACCAGUCAAUUGACACCAUUAUAAUCUAGACUUUCUUUGCACAAGUGUUAUGUUUAUAAUUCAAUAUGAAGGACCAAAUUGUGACUGGGAUUCAGUAUUAUCUGCAUUGUUUAGUAGCAUUUUUCAGCUUUUUUUUUCUUUUUCCCCAGCAUAUUUUUCCCGACCCGGUCUUGUCAUUGAAGGAAUAGGAAGUGUUUGACUAGAAUGGUGUUCCUUUUGAGCACAACUUUUUGAGACCAAACAGACUUCAGCACAUGACCUAAUGUGUAUCCCCUGUGAACUGUGAUUUCUCAGUACACUUAACCAUGCUGCAAAGUCCUGACCACUCAUCAUUCUGGCAUUGGGAAACUUGCAGCCCCAAAUUCUGAGGAUUCUGAUCUUGGGUACAUCUGGAUGAUGUAAUGGGAAGAGGCGGAGAGUUUUGGGAAAUCUGAUUCUCUGUGAUCAGUUCUUGUACAUUGCUAGUUCAAAUAGCCAGGGCACCAUUUUUAGUAAAAAUCUCCUAGUAUGUUCUAAGGUAUUGUUUCCCAACCAGAGUGCCUCCAGCUGUUGCUAACCUACAACUCUUAGCAUGCCCGGACAGCUGUUGGCUGCCCGGGCAUGCUGGGAGUUGUAGUUCUGCAAAAGCUGGAGGCACUCUGUUUGGGAAGCACAGUUCUAAGGGAUCUAUUCUGAAGAGACAUUGGGCACAGUGACUAAAUACAUAUUAGUUUUCCCAUGUACACUACUGUACUGGGUGUGUAUAUCUGUUGGAUAUAGUAGCUUUACUAGAUUGUACUUCUCAAUCACAAAGGUACUCACAUACUGCUCUUGUGAGAUGUCGACACCUACAAAAUGUUCUACUUGUGAUCUCUGAUGUUCUUUUGAUUUUAAAUUUGGACGAUUCACCCAAUGUGCCAAGAUUUAACCUCUUGUAUUAAUGCAAACUGUUAUGUAUUUUAUUUGCCUGCCUUUUAUGUUAACUUGUCGCCUUCUUACAAUGGAAACAGCCUCUGUGCAGCCUGUAGACAAAUCCACCUUGCCCCUUUACCUGUUCUAACAGGAGCAGCUCUCCUGUGGAAGGAACCUUUUUUUUAUUUUUAUUUUUUAUGGGAAUGUAAUGUGUCCAUUCAUUGGAUAAAGUUGGCUACAUUACCGAUUCCUUGUAAAAUAAUGGGCAGCAUAUCCCACAGCAUGGCUGGCCCAGCAUUUAGGCAGGUUACUGGUACUUUUGAGUGACAAUUUUAACAGUAAAGGAACAUCAUGUUAGUACAGUCUGUAGAAUAUCAGGGUGUACCUUACCCUCUAAGCCAGUAUUUCCCAACCAGGGUGCCUCCAGCUGUUGCAAAACUACAACUCCCAGGAUGUCCGGACAGACGUUGGUUGUCUGGGCAUGCUGGGAGUUGUAGUUUUGCAACAGUUGGUGGCCCCCUGGUUGGGAAAUACUGCUCUAAGGGUGGGUUCACACUACUAUUGUAUUGUAGGGGUCCUGGAUCCGGUUGGGA